AUGGAAGAGGAGAAAUACCUGCCCGAGCUGAUGGCCGAGAAGGACAGCCUGGACCCGUCCUUUGUGCACGCCUCGCGCCUGCUGGCCGAAGAAAUUGAGAAAUUUCAAGGUCCCGAUGGAAAAAAGGAAGAUGAAGAAAAGAAAUAUCUUGAUGUCAUCAGCAACAAGAACAUAAAGCUCUCAGAAAGAGUUUUGAUUCCUGUCAAACAGUAUCCCAAGUUCAAUUUUGUGGGGAAAUUGCUUGGACCAAGAGGAAAUUCCUUGAAGAGACUACAGGAAGAAACAGGUGCUAAGAUGUCCAUCCUGGGCAAAGGAUCAAUGAGAGAUAAAGCACAGGAAGAAGAACUAAGGAAGAGUGGGGAAGCCAAAUAUGCUCACUUGAGUGAUGAACUUCACGUACUAAUUGAAGUGUUUGCUCCACCUGGGGAGGCUUAUUCACGUAUGAGUCAUGCAUUGGAAGAGAUUAAAAAAUUCCUGGUUCCUGAUUACAAUGAUGAAAUCCGUCAGGAACAGUUACGGGAAUUGUCUUACUUAAACGGCUCAGAAGACUCUGGUCGUGGCAGGAGCAUUAGAGGCAGAGGGAUCCGAAUAACUUCCACCGCUCCAGCAAGGGGCCGUGGGGGUGCCAUUCCUCCUCCCCCACCACCUGGGCGAGGUGUUCUUACCCCUCGAGGGACCACUGUGACCCGUGGAGCCCUUCCAGUGCCCCCGGUAGCAAGAGGUGUCCCUACUCCUCGGGCACGGGGGACACCGACAGUGCCAGGAUACAGGGCACCCCCUCCUCCGGCCCACGAGGCUUAUGAAGAAUAU